AUGGCCCACACAACCACAACCAUAACCACACGCCCCUCCCUGCUCUCCCGUCUCCGCGGCGCCAAAACCCACCAGCGCACCUAUGAGAAUUCCACCUCCUCUCCCAACCCUAAGCUCACCUCCACCCACAGUCAUAACCACAACCACAACCACACUCAUAAAACCCACCACAACAAUCACACAGCCGGUAUUACACAACAACCACCACAUCAUCACCAACGCAAACCCAGCAUUGGGGAUAAAAUCAGCGGGGCGAUGAUGAAGUUACGGGGUCGCUUGACUAGGAAACCUGGGUUAAAGGCCGCAGGAACCCGAAGAAUGCGAGGAACGGAUGGGAGGGGUACCGGUAGUCAUUCGAGUUAUGUUACUGCGUGUUGA